UGUGAAUUAAAACUUAUUAUUCAUGACCCCUGGCGUCUUAAUCACAUCUACCUUACACGAUUAGGACGUUUAAUAGAAUUGUUCUUAUUUCUAUCGGAAAUGAGUGAAAAGCUUUCUUGUCCGGAAUGUGGUUGUCUGUGCAAAAAAUGUAUUACUUCCAUUAGAACCUGGCCUAACCUGGAAGAUGCAAAGUUUAAGUCUACGGAUACUCUUCAUUUGCAUCAAGAAAUUGAAUCUCUUAGGAGACAAUUACUGGAAAGGGAAUAUCAUAUUUUGAAGAUGGAGAAUAAUGUUUUGAAUCAUGUGGAACAAUAUCCAAAUGGAGAGUGGGAGCAUAUGCAGCAGGAACUAAUGAUCUGGAAAGAUAAAUAUGAAAGGUUGUAUGAUAGUCACAAAAAAUUGCAGAAAGUCAAUCAAGGGCUUGAAGAUAAAUUGCUAAAAUUAGUUGAUAAAUUUGAAACUGAAAAAAAUGCAUUGACGAGGGAUGUUGCAGACAUUACAACACGUCUUGUUGAAGCUCGUUUAUCAAUUAAUGAUUUACAAGAGCAAAAUGAACAGUAUCGAAAUGAUUGCAGUAUUGCUAUCCAGUUAUUGCAAUGCAAGCCUUCAAACUUCAUUUCACAAAAAUUGAGUUCAUUUCCUUCGGAUCUUCAAGAUAAGGUAAAAUUGCAUUUCAAUCAUCGUCCCCAAAGAGAUCUUCACAACAGUCGUAGCAACCCAGAGCUACGCACCAUUCGAGUUCCUAUUCCUACUUUCCCACCAACUGCAAUGGUUUACUCUGUAAAUGAUGUUCCUCGUGCCUUAGAUACUGAACAAGAAGAAAAUCAGAAUCUUCCGGACUAUGUCUCAGCUGCCAUACUGGCUAAAGUUUUAGAAGAAAGGUCCAAAGAACGCUUAGAUAAGCAUGAACAGUGUCGUGUCUGUUGGUAUAAAAGGCACUCAUUAGAUCAUAGAGACAAAACAACUCAGACUUCUUGGCCUCCAACAGUUCUGGAUAUGCAAAAUGGCAACAAUAUUGCACAAGUGCACUUGAAAGAUAGAUGUGAAUCAUCAUCGAGCAUAGACUCGUAUACGUCUAGGUUUCGAAAUAAUUCUUCAACGAGUACGGAAACUGCAAUAUGAUUUUUUUCAUCAGCUCAUAAAUUAUUGCAAAUCUAUUUUUCAUAUAUCAUUUGUAAGAAACUGUUUCAAAAUUAAUAUUGUUAUUGUUUUGUUAAUAUACUCAUUACAUUAGCUUUGUUACGCAUUAC